AGUUGCCCUUCUAGCUGGAGUCCGGUGCGCGUCCGCGUAGGUCCCCUGGGAAGGGUCGGAAGACUCGGGCUACGUCCUCUCCCUGGGCUGCGGGCUUCCGCAGCCGCAGAGAAGCGACCCCACGCGGCGGCGACCGACCCAUUCAAGGGCUCCCAACGGGGAAACCGCUCGGGCGCUGCCAGCUGGGCCGGGCGGAGCUGCGCGGGCCGCAGGGUGGCUCUGCCAGUCCCUGAGUGCCGGGUCGGCCGCACACGUGUCUUAGCGUCACGUCCGCGCGCGCCCCCGGGGCUUGCGUCAGCUACCGCUCCUGAAGCGGGUGGGCCAGGGCUCUGCGCACCAGAACGCCGCCGGAGGAGGGCACCGCACGGCCGCGAGCCCCGAGAGCGACGACCACUCCGGGCGCCGCCGAGAGGAUCGGCGCGGUCCGGUCCCCGCCCUCCCGGUGCCGGUCGGGUCCGCGCUGGGUCCCCCCCCCCCGGGCUGGGCGCCGUGGCGUUGCCCCGGAGCCCGCCACCCGCGGGGCGCGCACCGCCUUAACCCGGGCGGCCCCGCGGCAGGCAGACGCCCGCAGGUCCAUGGUGGGCUCGGAGCGCGAUGAGCCGCCCGUCCUCCACCGGCCCCAGCGCUAACAAACCCUGCAGCAAGCAGCCGCCGCCGCCGCCGCCUCAGAUCCCGCACGCUCCGUCCCCGGCUGCGCCCCCGGCCGCCGCCACCAUCUCGGCUGCGGGCCCCGGCUCGUCCGCGGUGCCCGCCGCGGCAGCGGUGAUCUCAGGCCCCGGAGCCGGCGGCGGGGCCGGCCCGGUGUCCCCACAGCACCACGAGCUGACCUCGCUCUUCGAGUGUCCGGUGUGCUUUGACUAUGUCCUGCCCCCCAUUCUGCAGUGCCAGGCCGGGCACCUGGUGUGUAAUCAAUGCCGCCAGAAGUUAAGCUGCUGCCCGACGUGCAGGGGCGCCCUAACGCCCAGCAUCAGGAACCUGGCUAUGGAGAAGGUCGCCUCGGCAGUUCUGUUUCCCUGUAAGUAUGCUACCACGGGCUGUUCCCUGACUCUACACCAUACAGAGAAACCAGAGCAUGAAGACAUCUGUGAAUACCGUCCUUAUUCCUGUCCUUGUCCUGGUGCCUCCUGCAAGUGGCAGGGAUCCCUGGAAGCCGUGAUGUCCCAUCUCAUGCAUGCCCACAAGAGUAUCACUACCCUUCAGGGAGAGGACAUAGUCUUUCUAGCUACAGACAUUAACCUGCCGGGGGCUGUGGACUGGGUGAUGAUGCAGUCCUGUUUUGGCCACCACUUCAUGCUGGUACUUGAAAAGCAAGAGAAGUACGAAGGUCACCAGCAGUUCUUUGCCAUCGUCCUCCUCAUUGGCACCCGAAAGCAAGCUGAGAACUUUGCCUACAGACUGGAGUUGAACGGGAACCGGAGGAGACUGACCUGGGAGGCCACACCUCGGUCCAUUCAUGAUGGCGUGGCUGCAGCCAUCAUGAACAGUGACUGCCUUGUUUUUGACACAGCCAUAGCACAUCUCUUUGCAGAUAAUGGGAACCUUGGAAUCAAUGUCACUAUAUCCACAUGCUGUCAGUGAGACUCCAGGAGGCUUCCCUAACCCUGGGGAGUUAUUUGGGCAUAGCGCUCUAUGUUUAAUAAAGGUUUUUUAAUAGAUGUUUUAUUCAGUACGUCUUCUCAAGGCGGGACCCACAACUGUUCUAUGUUUUAUUUAAACGACAGCUUCCUAUCUGGCACUGAUGAAUCGAAGUUCACUGAACUGUGAUAAUCGGAGUUGGCCUGUUAGUAAUUCGGAGGUUGUUCGGUGAUCUCAAAUCAACUCUAUUCUAUUUCCUUCCUGAUCAGCUCUUGACAGAUUGCUCAGGGCUGCCUCCCCCUGCCUCCUCCUGAGCUAACAAAAGCACAGUGACUUUCCUGAGAUGCCCUUUAUUUCUAGGAGGUAGCAGUUGCUUUAAUACCUUUCAGGUUGGGUAUUUACACAGAAUCACCUGCAGUACUCAUCUCCAACACAGAGCUAGAGAAUCAACAGAGUUUGAACAACCUCAUCUUCUCAGAGUUUGGGGAUUGCUGGCUUGAAUUGUGGGGAAGGGUCCAGGAUCUAAAGGUGCUUUAAGGCCAUCCUCUGCUGACACUGUUGGUCUCUACUGUCCUUCCUCAGCCUCUGCACACACCACAUGAAGACCAUGGAGACGCAACCCCUGGGGUUUGCCUGCUCUCAGGCUCCCAGUGAGUUGAGACUUCUCACAGUUAGUUGUUGCUCACCAUAGUACGGAUGACCUGUUUACAUACGGCUUCCCUUGGAAGCCCUCCUUGACUGUAACUGAUGUGAGAGACUAGAUCAGUGCUUGGGAGAACUUGAUAACCAGUGUCACGUGCUUGCCAUUUUAAAGGCAUGUGCUAGUUGUGUGGGUUUAGUUUUUGUUGUUUGUUUUUAUCUUUACAGGCACACAUACACAUACACACACACUUUAAUUUUUUAAUAAAAUUUUUUCAAACAAUGAAUG